AUGAGAGAAGACAGACGGAGACACACGCAGCAAGCAUUCACAGACAGCAAUGGCCAUGAGCUAAGGGACCCACCGAGCAGCCUCAGGCGGGAGAGAGCUCCGCCAUGGAGGCCCCCCGACUUCCGCCAAACUGCGGCGAAGGGCCCCCUGGCAAUGGGGCCCCUCCGCAGGGCAGCUGCAGCAGCGGCUGCAGUUCUUCUGCUGCAGUCUGCGGCCCUCGUCGACGCGGCCACCAAGAGAUCAGCAGAUCUUUUAUUCGCAGGCCCUGGUCCACACCCAGUGGUCCAGGAUAGCGGCGGCCACCCCAGCUCUCUUGAAAGGCGCCCAAGCUUUGGUGGUUUACCCCCAAGUUCCCUUCGUAGUUGGGACGCCUCUGUGCCGCCUAGGGCUUCUGCACACUUAGAGGGGCCCCUGUUAAGAGCAGUCUUUGGGGGCCAUUGGCGUCUAUUGUCCCUGGUUUCGCCGUUCGUUUCAAAUCGCUACCAGGAAAGCUUGUUGGAUCUUCCCUUUUUUGUUCAAUGCUUGUUUAGUGUCUCCUUCGUGUGUUUGUUAGGGUGUUUGUUAGCCUUCUUGUGGCUGUUUUUGCGUCAUCUUUCCAACUAUUACGAGCCCAAGCUGCAGCGCAUGAUUUGCCGCAUCGGCUGCGCCAUGCCUUUCUUCGCCAUUCUCUCGUCUGCUGCAUCUCUCUCUGUCCUCUCCGAGCUAGGCCCCGCUCUGGAAGAGCCUUAUGAGCUCUCCUCGCGGAUGAGUCUCUCGAACACUCUCGCCUUAAAGUGGGCUGGGACUUCCGCCGAAAUCGCAGCAGCAGCAGCAGCAACAGCAGGGGGCGUGCUAAUGGAAGCGUCAGGUGGGAUCGGAUCCCCCCUUCACGCAGAAGCACAGGCAGUUGGGGACACUACUGGCGAGGGGACACUGCCUGCGUUGGACGCCCCUUUAAGGGAGUUAAGUGCCGUGGGUGAAGCAGCUGUGCGAGGGGUCGGAGGUCUUCGUGAUUUAUUCUCGGAAGACAGCUUGAGAAACGCCUUAUUAGAUUCUCCAGAAAGGCAUUUUCCAGUCUCUCCAGGAAUUAAGGAGACAGCCUCACAAGGGUCUCGUGAAGGACUAGAAGAAGGCCCCCAUUUACUCAAAGGAGGCUUCUUUCGCGAGUCGUACUACGUGCAGCAGCAGCUGUUCUUCGAGUUGGGAAAGCAGCUGGCGCAAAGCAUGGCCCUUUAUUCAUUCUCGUCUCUCAUGAUUAACAUAUGUGGAGGUUUUCGGUGUUUGUCUCUGACGUUGGGGUGCGACGGGCACUCCGUGCCCUUUGUCUUUCCUUUGUCUUAUUGGCUGUCUCCUUUUCUGCCAAGUCCGCGGGCCCUCCGGCUGCUCAAGCUGGGAGUCAUGCAAUUUGUCUUUGUGCUGCCUCUCUGGUCCGCUGCGAGUCUCCUAGCUGACCGGUCCAAAGCAAUUGUCCCCAGGGAAUAUGAACCUUCCCAGACACUGUACACUCAGGAGGGGGCCCUACAGGCAAUGCGGCCGGCUGUACAGACAGCAGAACGCACCCGACAAGCAAUGGAGGAACUCUUGGAGAUUGAAGAGACGAUUCCACAAACAGAAGAGGCUUUCCAAAGCCACAACCAAGAACUGACGCAUGCAUUCAAAGCUAUUCCACAUCCAACAGAGCCGAAGCUAGGGAACAAUGAAGAGCCUUUGUGGGGAGAGAAUAAAACCCCACAAUUGCAGGCAGUCCCACUUCACCCACGGGAGCAUCACCGAGACAGCCGGAAGAAAAAUAAAACCACUAAGACAGAUGCUCAUGGGGGAAUACCUUCAGGGAAAGCUCUUCGGGGCACUCUAGUAGCUCCAGAAGAGAAAACAACAUUUGCUGGAUCAGGAACGGGGAGUAGACCCGAGCUGGAGCUGACUGCGAGACCAUCACUGUUCCCAUCUGUUCCAAUGUCUGCGGCUUUGUUGUUUGAAGCAUUUUUGGGCUUGCUCUUGUCAGUAUCUAUGUUCGUGUCCAUGCUGUCUCUGUCUCAAUUUUACCUUAUCACGGAGCCGUACCUGCAACCAUAUGAGCCCCGAAGUAAAUUCUUUCUCAUUCAACUCCUUGUCUUCACCAACAGCUGGCAACGCCUCUUCGUGUGGCUCCUGGGGCUGCUUGGGGCCCUUCCCGCCGUGGGUGGGGAAUCAGGAAUGGGACUAGACCAGGGCAUUGACUUAUAUCACAAUCUGCUGAUGAAUAUCUGGGCCCUCGUAUUUUGCGUGCUGCACUGUCGCUGCUUCCCCGUGUCUGAACAUCUUCCAGAGAAAGGGGACGAGAUCUACUGCGGAGAUACGACAAAGAAGCCGCGUAUUCUACAUGCGCUGCUGGACGUAUGCUUCUCUGUCGACUUAAUCGCGGACGCCCAGGAGGCCGUCUUGGCCCCACAGAUGUCCCUGGAAAGGGCCUAUUCACUGCUACGGCAGCAAACAAGCCGCAGUGCCUCUUUCUUUAGAAAGUUUAGAGAGGCAGAGGAAGCAGAUGAGGACUCAGGGGACACUAGGAACGCGCCUGAGUCUCAGGCAGAUACCGAUCCUGGAUAUGCCAGAGACAAAAGUGGCAGCUUGUCUUUAGACAAUACGCCUAUGGGGGGAGAUGCUUCGUGGGUAGACAUGAAACAGAGGACAAUUGGCAGAGGAGAGACAGGACGUUUGGACCAACUCCACUUGUGGGGAGCAGCCCAGCCUUUUGAAAGGCUUCCGUCCUGGGGCCAACAGGGGAGCGUUGAGCUUCCUGCAGAGUUGUCGUUUGCUUCUUAUAAGCAAACGCCAACACCUCGCUUUGUACCAUGCAGCAGCAGCAGCAGCACAAGAUCCGCUGCGGCGUCCGCCGCUGUUUCGGCUGCGCUUGCUGAGGCAGCAACUAUCAGCAGCUUCAAAAGCCAACAGGCAAGGGAGGCAGCUAGAGUUCGUUUUGCCGCCCUCUCCUGUCCCAGCUCUCCGUACAGUAGAGACCCAGCGGCAGCCCUUGCCAUUGCCUUGGGAGAUGCAUCGCCAGCCUUUCCGCUGACUCUGUCGCUCCUUUCUCACCGUCUAACCGACUGUGCUCCCGCCGGGAGUCGAAGCAGCAGCUGCUGCAGCUGCACAUGCAGAAGUUUCUGCAGCGCCUGGGCCAAUGGAGCACGCAGAACAGCUUCAGGACCCCUGGUAGCGGGCCCUUUCGUGACUUCAGGAAGGCGCAGUGCCCGCAAGCACUCCACACCCCACAGAGGCACAGUGAGGUUUGCCCUUCGUUCCAAAGGGGGGCCUGUGGCCUCCGCUAGCGAGUCGCGGGAAGGUCAGCCAGAUGAAGGGGACCAAAGCGAAGCCGUAGAGUCAAAUGGGCAGCAGGGAGAAGCGGCUGAGCCCACUAUUUGUGGAACGCCAGCUGAAGGGAAGUCGGAUGAGGAUUGCGCACGGGAUGCUUACUUGUAG